UCGCUCAGUUGAUGUUUGUCGAUCAGCACAGCAAGCUCAGCAGUGAUCGUUUCUAACCAUCCUCCGUCGUUAUCGUCUAAAGCGCAAAAGUUACAAACGGUGCGCGUCCAAAAUGAAACAUUUGGCGAUCGUCGUCACAGUGGUGUUGCUUCUCGGUUCAAUCUGCUCGAUAAAGGCUGUUAUCUACGAAAAACAUUGUCUGAUUUUCCAGGAAUCGUACGACUUUGACGAGAACCGGUAUGCCGGCAAGUGGUAUGAGAAUCGCCGUCUGUACGAUCCUGAUGACAUCGAGCUAGAGGAUUGCGUGCAGGAACAAUACACCCGAUCGGAAGAUAAACUGGAUUUCGAGAUAGUGCGCGCAGUGCAGCAAGGUCCCACCGGGGAAGUGGUCUAUUCUACCGGUACAGCGACGCCCAAGGUGUUCCACAAUUCCAAAGUGCCACAGUUUAUCAUUCGCUACAAUACUACAGAUGCCGCAGAUCCAGACUCAGCUAUGGACAUUGUGCAAACAGAUUACCUCAACUAUGCCAUAGUAUAUUCCUGCAACCCAAUCAACUCAACAACUGUAUCAGAAUACGCGUGGGUCCACUCCCGUGAGCCUGUUCUCAAAAAGCAUACCGCUGAUUUGAUCAACAAAUUCAUCAACGUCCACUUCAAUCACCCGGAGCACAAAUGGCGCACAACCGAGCAAUCGGACAAAACAUGCAAACCAAACACUCUCCCCGGAAGCGGAGCGUCCGCCAAUGUGGUGAGGAUGCCACUCUGGAGCAGUUUGCUGCAAUUUUCGAUAGCAUGCUUGUUGGCAAAACUGGCUUUGUGAGAUUUGUUUCAUGCAGUGUGCUCUAUCAUUUUAGUCUGAUUAGUAGAAGAAUUAAUGGAAAAUCUCAUUACGUUUAUGUGAAAAGUGCCACAAUGUCGGAAAUAUAAGCUUUUGUACGAA